CUCCCGGGAUCUGCCUGUAUUUACCUCCCAGGAACUGUGUGUGUGUCUCUGGGUGCGGGUGGGUUGUCGUUUGGGGCGGACGCUGUUCCUUGUUGUGAAGAUGGAUGGAGUGAGGAGAGCUUCGGUCGCUGUGUACGGAAAUGUUGAUAAAGCGAGGUUUUUGCAGGAGAUUUACCCUCUGAGAAAACCUGCAGUUCUUAAAGGAAUUCACCUAGGCACAUGCACAUCCAAAUGGACAGUGGAUUACCUGAGCACAACUGGAGGAAGUCAAGAGGUCAAGGUCCAUGUUGCAUCAGUACCACAGAUGGAUUUUAUCCACAAAAAUUUUAUCUACAGAACUUUACCGUUUGAUGUGUUUGUGAAGCGUGCAGCAGAGACAGCACAUGCAGAAUAUUUCAUAUCUGAGGAUGAAAAGUACUACUUACGGUCUCUAGGAGCAGAUCCACGGAAGGAUAUUGCAGAUAUCAGAAAACAAUUCCCAACUCUGGCUGAGGACAUCAACAUCCCAGAGUUUUUUGAGAAGAAUCAGUUUUUCUCCAGCGUUUUUCGAAUCAGCUCACCAGGCCUGCAGCUUUGGACUCAUUAUGAUGUUAUGGAUAACCUGUUAAUUCAAGUAAUAGGAAGGAAGCGAGUAGUGCUCUUCAACCCUCAGGAUGCAUCUUAUUUGUACCUAACAGGUGAUAAAUCUGAGGUCCUGGACUUGGACACUCCUGACUUAGAAAAAUAUCCACAAUUUGCCAAAGCUCAGUGUUAUGAAUGUCAAUUAGAUCCAGGAGAUGUGCUUUUCAUUCCAGCAUUGUGGUUUCAUAACACUGUUGCUAAAGAGUUUGGAGUGGGAGUGAAUGUGUUUUGGAAACACCUUCCUGCAGACUGCUAUGAUAAAACAGACACCUAUGGAAACAAGGACCCCGUAGCAGCCUCAAGAGCUAUGCAGAUUUUAGACCGAGCCUUAAAAACACUGGAAGAACUUCCUGACGAAUACAGAGACUUUUAUGCACGGCGAAUGGUUCUACGAAUUCAAAGCAAAUCAUACAGCAAUCAUUAUAAGUAGAAUAAUUUCUAUGCCCUGAUUAUACAAAUCAAGAACAGUUACACAGGUAUAAUAUUUAUUUGUCAGCGUAUCAAUUUACAAUAAAAUUAAUCUUUGCAUUCUGAAAA